AUGUCGAGUGCAGCGGCAUUAGUGGUGCCCGCACUGAAGCGACACACCUCUACGGUCAUCGUAGCGCACGGUCUAGGAGACAGGUGAAGCCUCCUUCGCCAAUUGCUUCUUACUUCCGAAGGUAAUAGCUUACCCAUUGAACAGCGGUGCAGGAUGGAUGCCCUUGGCCGAGGAAUACCGUCGACGAUCACUCUUCCCUGAGACCAAAUUUGUCUUCCCCAACGCACCAAACAUCCCCAUCACGGUCAACAUGGGCAUGCGAAUGCCCGGGUGGUACGACAUUGCUGAUUUCGGAGACCUCGCCAACCGCAGCGAUGACGAGGCGGGCGUUUUGAGGUCGCAAAAAGUCUUCCACACAUUGAUUGAGGAGGAAAUCAAGAAUGGGAUCUCAACCGAUCGGAUAGUGCUUGGUGGCUUCAGUCAGGGCGGCGCAAUGAGCCUGAUGGCGGGGAUCACGAAUCCAACGAAGUUGGGCGGCAUCUUUGGCUUGUCUUGCUACCUGCUGCUACAAGGCAAGAUCAGGGAUCUCGUACCCAAAGAUUCGCCAAACCAGAAGACUCCCAUUUUCAUGGGACACGGCGAUGCCGAUCCAGUGGUGCAGUAUCAGUGGGGCAAAAUAACGGCGGACAAGCUGAAGGAGUGGGGUUGGAAUGUGGACUUCCGGACGUACAGAGGCUUGCCGCACAACGCUGCUCAAGAAGAGAUUGAUGACCUCGCCGAGUACUUGAAGGCACGGAUACCGGAGCUGGGAGACAAGGAGAAGGGUAGCGGGAGUCUAUGA